UAUCAGGGGCCCAACUGCCAAUAAAUUAAGUUGCAAAGUAAGGAUAUCAUUUUUGUUAUCCCCUUUUUUCAGAGGGAGAAGAGCUCAAUCGAAGGGCGAAAAACAAUGGCAGCAUCAACCCUGACUUUCAGUAGCUUUUCAACCCUACAAACUUUCCCCAGAAUUGCAGCAGUUGAAAAUAACAAACGGGUGAACUUCUCCAUUCGGUCGCAGUUUGAUGUACAGAGUGCAUCGAAUUCUAAAAAUGAAGGCCGUGGAGGAAGGCGAAUAUGGAGGCGAAGAAAAUUGACGAAAAACGACGAGGCAUUAGAUGCCAAAAUGGAAAGGAUUCCGUUCCUUGAGGAGCAAGUGAGGAAGAUAAGGGAUGGGGGUAAGUUAUUGACAAUGGACAUUCACAGAUUAUUACUGAACGAGGACAACCGGUUUGAUUUUGUCAAUGAGAUUGCAGCAGAGGCCAAACAGUAUGUUGAGAACAACCGAGAUGAAUAUGGUGCGAAGAAAGCUAUCCUUCACGUGCUUAGUAAUCGUAUGAAUGACGCUGGAGUUUAUCGCCCAGAAGCAUACAUGGAAUCUGACCCCUUCAAGCCAGGCCCUGGAUAUUUGAAAGACGAACUACUGUAGAUCAUUAGUUAUCUAUACUUUCUGUAUUCAUAUAUGAUAUAACACUUCUCUAAUAUAUACACUUUCAUCUGGGGGAUUUAAUGCCAAAAGAUGAGAGGUAAAAAAAAUCAUAGCACUUCCCCCAAAAAAACACUCUUAGGGGAUUCAGGUUCUCUUUUAAAAGGAUUGGAUUUGCUGCUUAUCCAUCAGAAAUGAAAGGGGAUGACACCACUCUAAUAAUUGACCA